UGAUCUAGCUGUGGAGGUUGGCGUCAUUGCGGCGUCCUGGAGAAAGGAUUCACUGCUCACGGAGAUCUAUAAGUGCUCCUGAUUUCUUCACUCCAUCGCCCUGAAAUGAAUGAAAGCAUCUCACAUCAAUCACAUUAACAAAACAUUCAAACAGGCCCAGCCUUUUCAAAUAUCAAAAUAUCUGACCGCCAAACUACAAGGUCAAAACCCACAACUUCAAACCAAGACAACCACCUUUUGCCAAACGAAGCGUCACAACUAGUGACCCAAAUCGAAGCCACAAAAAAACAGAUUAUUCAAAUAAAACCAACCUACCAACCACAAUGUGCUUCGGAAGCAGAAGACGCACUGGAGGCGGUGGCUACGGCGCGCGCCCUGUUGUUGUCCAAGAGACCCGGCACCACCACCACGGUGGUGGCGGUAUGAUGGGAGGCGGCGGCAUGAUGGGCGGACGCCGUCACGGAGGCGGCAUGCACGGAGGUGGAAUGCACGGAGGUGGUAUGCACGGAGGCAUGGGCGGCCGACGCGGAGGUGGUGGCAUGAUGGGCUCGAUGAUGGGCGGCAGGAGGAGGUGCUAGAUCAAGCCGACUUAAUUUUUGUCACGAGAGCGAUGAGUGUUGUGCGAUGAGUUUUUCCUGAGCGCUAAGCGACUAUGGCUUUGUUUACAAAUUUCGUUUGUAUUGAGAAAUGAGUCGUACAAACAAUUGAUACUUAAUCUUAGCAUUAAACUUUGACUAUUUUUGUGUUUCAAUCACCCUGCUCAAGCCAAUGUCGGGGUGCGCCUGCC